AUGGCGCUACAAAUGUACAGGCGAAAGCGACCCCGGCGAGAAUCCAGUGACGGGUACUCCGUCGAGGAAAUCUCUGCCGAUGACAUGGGCUAUGACGGGGACAUCGAAGUGCUUCUUCCCGACCAAUACGAGGAGCCUGAUUCGGAUUUCGAAGACGACCACGUGCUGAGGAGGCUGUGGCCCGAUACAGACGAUGAGCUGGCCAGCAAACUACGGAGACUAUCCUGCGAUCCUCAACGCCGACGAGGCGGUGGUGAGCGAGGCCGGAAACGCAUGUCACGGGAAAUGGAGGGGGAUGGGGACGGGGACGAGGACGAGGAAGACGCUGAUAUCCCGCUCAAACACACCGAGAUCGAAGUAUCGGAGCUGGUUGACGGACACAUUGAGCAACCUCCACCGAAGAGAAGGAAGAACAGAGCCAGCAAGCCGCCACUGGGACAGCGGAUUGCGAGGAGGCAGGCUGCAGAGGCCUGGUCGGACAGCUCCGACCUAUCCGAAGAGGUGAUGCUCGAGUCAUCGACAGGGACUCCUGAGGGCACAAACACGCCGUCGACGCCGAUGAAGAAUGGGGGGGUUGAAGAUGAUGCCAUGGACCUUGGGUGA